AUGGUGUAUUCAAGCGGGACUUGUUCGGGUUCGGAUUUGAUCAAUCAGAAGAAGAAGAAGAGAAUGGAAUCGAACCGGGAAUCCGCGAGGCGGUCCAGGCUGAGAAAGCAGCAGCAUUUGGAUGAUCUGACGGCUCGGUUGGCGGAGCUCCGGCGACAAAAAGAUCGGAUUUCGAUCGAAUUAAGCGCCACCAAAGAGCAAACUGUGAGUGUGGAGGCUGAUAACUCAGUGUUGAAGGCUCAGCUGGUGGAGCUCACACACAGGCUUCAAUCCCUUAGAGGGAUUUUGAGCUACAUCAGUUCUCCGGCGGAUGCCGCCGCCUCCGGCAGCGGCGGCGCCGGAAGCUGCAUGGCUGUUGGGGAAGAGGAGUUUGAAUAUGGGGAGGGGUUGGUGAACUAUCCAUGGGGUUUGAUGGAGAUUAAUAAACAGUAUCCCAUUAUGGCCUCAUCUGCUGCUGAGAGGUUUGAUUGUUGAGGCGGGGGGGGGGGGGGGGGGGGGGGGUCUAAAGAUUUUGUUUCGAUAAAAGGGUGAAUUGUGGAAAUAUAAUUAUGUAUAGGGUAAUUUUGUUUUAGUUUAAUUAAUAUAAAAAUUAAAUUAGGGUUUAGAUGGAGUUCCUGAUGGGGAAUAUAUAUGAAAACCACCUUAAUAAUAUAUAUAUAUAUAUAUAUAUAGAAGAAUUAUGGACAAGUGGCUUUCAUGUGUGAACAUGGCUUCUCGUGGCAAUAUUGAAUACAUGUAUAAUAUUUUGGGACUUUUUUUUGGUCUUUUUUUUAAAUUUUUGUAUGGAGCUUUUAAGUUGUGUUUAUGUAUAUAUAUAUAUAUAUAUAUAUUUGUAUUGAUGUAGAUUGGGAAUUGAAUGUAUUCUUAAAUAUUAAUGAAAGGGUUUGUAUGCAUUGAGUUCAAACUUCGAC